GGUCUAGUAUAGUUUGACCGGUCAAGUAAUUUACACCAUCAUUUUUGGCGCCACCCGUGGGACCGUUAAGGUUUCUUCUCUUCUAAACGCAAACCUACCCACAAAAACACCACUCAAAAUGUCUUCCAGCCAGCAAAUCAACGCUACCUCUGCUCAGGUGCAAGCCACCACUGAAGGUACCAGCGCCCCCAUGGUUGCUACCCUGCCAGCCGUUUCAACUCCGGUUUUGCCGUUGGGACUAAGCUCGGUCCCAACACCCAGCAUGGUUAGCCCAUUCACAGCCCCCGUCCCUUCCGCUAGGCCAAGGGUCACGUUCCCACCUAGCAUGACUCAGUUCGUGAACGAUCCAGCCAACCUGCAGGCCAUCCAGGGCUUUGGCCAGGUCAUGGCCAUGUGCCAAGAGAAUGGGGGGAUGCCUUUUCUCCCUGGUAUGUUCCCGUUCGCCCUUCCCGGAGCGGAAACGAUGCCCCUACAAACUCCGAUGGCAGUGACGCCGUUUCAGACGCCGAUUCCGCAGCCAUCACCUUUCCAGCCGCAGCUAGUCAGCGCUGUGGCCCCCAUUAACUUGGCAGGUGCGCUUAACGCCGCAGGGCCGUCGCGUCCCCCGCAAGGUACGAAUCCGCUAAUCACUCCGGAUGGUCACUGCGUCUCAGUUGAAAGCGGAGACGAUGAGUGGGACAUUCCAAGGACCCACAAGAAGAAGAAGGGAAAGACCAUACGCCCUGCAACUUCCCGAAACUCCGCCUUCGAAAGGCUGGGGGAUAGGGAAGAGGGCCAGAGGAAGUCAGCCAAGCUGAGGCUGGGGCAAAGCGUUGCCCGCACCCAACGCUCCCGGUCAAACCGGCAGGAGCCAGCCAGGACGAGGGCCUCUCGCCAGGAGGAGGAGGCAGAAAGCCAACCCAGGGUACCGGUGGCUAACCGGUUAAACAUCCCCAAUGAUCGCGUCCAGCAGAUGGAGGCAAAAUUGGAAAGACUGGAGAAGAAGGUCGGGGAGAAGAAUGACAGGGACAAGCCCCUCGCAGGGUUCCCGUUCACCAAAAGGGUCCAUCUGACACCUUUCCCGCGAAAGGUCAAGAUAGACGCCCCAAGAUUCACCGGGAAGGAAGAUCCAGAAAUUCACCUCGACUCCUUCAAUCAGAGUCCAACCAUGAACGGUUGUACAGACGAAGAAAAGUGCCUCCUUUUCUUCCAAACCCUGCGGAAUCGAGCUACUGAAUGGUUCAAUAAACUUCGCCCGGGAAGUAUUGAUUCAUUCAGUGACUUGGCCUCAAAAUUCAAGGCCAAGUUCCAGGAGAACUGUACUAAGAGGAAGAAAUUCACCUAUCUUAGUACAGCCGGGCAGAGGGAGUCUGAGAACCUCACUUAAUUCCUUACCCGGUGGAAGGAAGAGGUAGAUAAGGUGGAAGAGAUGGAUGACAAAACCGUCUUGUCCCUUCUCUUGAAUGGCUUACGUGCUGGGGAACUAUACAAGGAGUUCUGCCGGAAACCCCCGGCCAUGUAUCAGGAGGCCUACCACACUGCAUGAGAGUUUGCUGAGGCCGAAACUCAACUCCGGGCGAAGAAAGAAGCUGAGCAUGG